GCCAGUCAGCUCACCUCUCGCCAGGGAGGUGCUGCAGCCCCUCUCAGCUCCCUUUGGUGUGUGUGUGCCCACUCCACAGGACUACAGCUGGGCGCUUUCGCUUCUGCGCACCCUCCUCCCUAAACUCCCCUUCCUGCCUUCUCACGGCAAGUGAUCGCAACAAGCGAGCGCGUGUGCGGAUGGAGGCGGGACUUUUAUUUUUCUCUCUCUUUGGGCAAUGUUGGAGCAUUAGGAGGAAGAUGUUUGGAAUGCGCACACACCAGCGCACUCGAGUCGACAGCAUGCCUGGCGCGCGGUCUCCGCACGGUGCCUGCGGAUCACUCUCGGCCGUGGAAGCUUGACUGUACGCGGAGGAGGAGGACUGGGGUGUGUGGGGGGGUGGUGGUGGGGGAAAUCCCGCCUAGAUGGAAGGACUUUGCAUGGACAAAUGCGACUUAUCUUGGCAAGCCAUGGAGAGACUUGCCUUAAAAGGACCCGGCGCCCUUUCGUAGGCUCUUUCUGGUGGACUUUUUGAAACCCUCACAAGUCUUUUGGGUCUUCUCCGCCGCCAUGGCCGAGAAACUGGGACCAGCCGGGCUCAAGCCCGCCUACGUUCCACCCCUUCCCUCUGUGCCGCCGGAGCCCAUCGACAUCAUCCGCACCAAAGCCCGCUCCCGCCGGGUCCGCUUGAACGUCGGCGGACUCAACCACGAAGUCCUGUGGCGGACUCUGGAUCGGCUGCCGAGGACCCGCCUCGGCAAGCUGCGGGACUGCAACACGCACGAGUCCCUGAUGGAGGUGUGCGACGACUACAGCCUGAACGAGAACGAGUACUUCUUUGACCGCCACCCAGGGGCUUUCACCUCCAUCCUGAAUUUUUACCGCACGGGCAAGCUGCACAUGAUGGAGGAGAUGUGCGCCCUUUCCUUUGGCCAGGAGUUGGACUUCUGGGGGAUCGAUGAGAUCUACCUGGAGUCCUGCUGCCAGGCUCGCUACCACCAGAAGAAGGAGCAGAUGAACGAGGAGCUACGCCGGGAGGCGGAGACCAUGAGGGAACGUGAGGGCGACGGCGAGUUCGACAACACCUGCUGCCCGGAGAAGAGGAAGAAGCUGUGGGAUCUCCUGGAGAAGCCUGGCUCCUCUGUCGCUGCCAAGAUUCUGGCCAUCAUAUCCAUCCUGUUCAUCGUCCUCUCCACCAUCGCGCUGUCUCUCAACACCUUGCCGCAGCUUCAGGAGAAGGACGAGUUUGGCCACGCCAACGACAACCCUCAGCUGGCGCACGUGGAGGCCGUGUGCAUCGCCUGGUUCACCAUGGAGUACCUCCUCCGCUUCCUCUCCUCACCCAAGAAGUGGAAGUUCUUCAAGGGUCCGCUCAACGUCAUCGACCUGCUGGCCAUCCUGCCCUACUACGUCACCAUUUUCCUCACCGAGUCCAACAAGAGCGUACUCAAGUUUCAGAACGUGAGGCGCGUGGUGCAGAUAUUCCGGAUCAUGAGGAUACUAAGGAUCCUCAAGUUGGCCAGGCACUCCACGGGGCUCCAGUCUCUGGGCUUCACGUUGAGACGGAGCUACAACGAGCUGGGCUUACUCAUUUUGUUCCUCGCCAUGGGCAUCAUGAUCUUCUCCAGCUUGGUUUUCUUUGCCGAGAAAGACGAAGACGCCACCAAGUUCACCAGUAUCCCCGCCUCCUUCUGGUGGGCCACCAUUACCAUGACCACAGUGGGCUACGGGGACAUUUACCCGCAGACGUUACCCGGAAAGAUCGUCGGCGGGCUGUGCUGCAUCGCGGGGGUGCUGGUCAUCGCCCUGCCCAUUCCCAUCAUAGUCAACAACUUCUCCGAGUUUUACAAGGAGCAGAAGAGGCAGGAGAAGGCCAUCAAGAGGCGGGAGGCGUUGGAGAGAGCCAAGCGCAACGGCAGUAUCGUGUCCAUGAACCUGAAAGACGCCUUCGCCCGGAGUAUGGAACUCAUGGAUGUCGUGGUGGAGAGAGGGGAGGAUAAAACCUCUCUGGACAACCACCUGUCACCCAACCGCUGGGGAGGUUCCACCAGGUUGGCCACUUCGGAAACCAACCUCAAGUCGCCAGAUAAACGGACCCUGGAGAACGCAGUGGCUGCACCGAAUUCCCCGCACCGGAUCACCGUCACCACCAGCGGGAGUCCGCAGUGGACGAGCAAAACUCCGCAGCAUCUCAACGUCCAGAAUCUGGAGGAGCUGUACAACCAGAUGACCAAGUCCCAGUCCUUCACCAACCUCCACACGGCCAGCUCCAUGAGCACGCUGAGCACCACCGUUGCCGGCCCGGGCUCACCUAAGAGGUCCCACAGCCCCGAGACCACCCUCAAGGAAGAGCUGGAGAUGAAGGUGGUGGAUGGAGCCAAGACCGGACACCUCCAGGUGCCUUCGCCCCUCCAUCGAACGGCCAUUCAGCUUUCCUCGGACGACAUCCUCAAAGACGGCUUUUAUCAAUCUCUUCACCGGGGUGACGGCUCGGAACUCCAUAUAGAGGAAGGUGAGAGUUUCACUAGCGCGGUGGAGAACAUACAGAAAUCUCUUCGCGGGAACAACCCUCUCAAAAUUAAAGUGGGGAAGACGUCUGCCGAGGGCCCGCCGACGCCACCCAGCACCACGUCUCCUGGAGACAUUAGCUCCACCAUCCUCGAGGAAGAGUCGCCAGAUGGGGAGACGUCACCUCUCAUGGCCAGCUCGGAAGCUCUUAUCCAGCCUGCGGAGGAGGACGAUGACAAUGACGAGGCGGGGGAAACCGGCCCAUUGGUGGACACCCCACCCGGUGACGAGGGCCCAUCCUCGGGCAACCGUCUGAUGGAGGUGGCCGGCGCCACCGGCGUGCCUCGGUCGCCCAGGGCCACGUCGCAAAACUGUCACCAAGGCGUGGUCGGACCGGGCGACGGGGAAUCCGACCAAAACGGACACAAAGCAGAUAACCACAUUUUCACGUCUGACAUCCACCUGAUACCCGGGGACAGCGGGCUCUCGCCCACCUGCGAGACCAGCAUGUGAUUGCGAGAAAGCCCCCUUGAAGCGAUGUUUCUGCAUGGCAUGGCAAGUCCCUUUUACUUGUGUCGUCGCGUAACGCCCUGACAAACUGCUAUCCUGAAGGAAUCCACCCACGGGUGGAAACAGUUUCCGCUUGUACAUAAAAGACAACCUCCUUUUCCAUUGCACAGAAAAAGUGAUCUGUAAAUAAGCAUGCAUUUCAAAAAUAACAAAGACUCAUCUUUUAUGGUGCUUUGUUUGCUUUGUAAAAACUUGGACAUGAAAGGCAAUGACAAUGCACGCAAAAAAAAGAGUUAAAAAAAAAAAGGACGGUACCAUUGUUAGCAAUGUGAAAAAAAUGGGGCAGGACAACUGUUGUAGCGACCUAUUUAUUAAAAAUAACAUAUCAUUGAUUACCUUUUGUGGAAAAUGCAAAGUGUUCUCGUGAUGAUCCUGUAAUUUAUGUUUGUGUGUAUGUAAAGUUUUUGUUAUGGUAUUCGAUUACUGAAUCAAUUAGUUAGCAAAAAAAAAAAAAAAA